AUGGCCACCAAAUACGAAGUUUCCAAGACCUACCAGUACCGCAAGGUGAUGAAGCCUCUGCUGGAACGCAGGCGUCGGGCCCGCAUCAACAUGUGCCUGGACGAGCUCAAGGAUCUGAUGGUCCAGUGCACGGUCCAGAGCGGUGAUGGCAAAUUCGACAGGGCCGACAUACUGGAGGUCACUGUGGACCAUUUGCGCAAACUGAAGCAGGCCAGGAUCGAGGCCACCGCUGCCGCAGCAAAAGCCACCACCAACACUACGCCAGAGCAGAGCUUCCGCGAUGGCUUCAUCAGGGCCGCCGACGAAGUCUCCCGGGCACUGGCUUCCCUACCCAAUGUGGAUGUCGUCUUUGGCACCCAUCUGAUGACACACCUCGGCUUGCGCCUCAACCAAUUGGAAAUGCCAACUGCAGCACCAAAGCCAAUGAAUGCCCCGCUCUCCAUCAUCUGCGGCAGCGGCGGCAGCAGCAGCAGCAGCACCAGCAACAACAGCUCCAACAGCCGGGAGGCCUGCAGUCCCGUGUCCAGCGGCUACUGCAGCGACAGCGAUUGCAGCGUCUCCUCCAUUCAAGCGGCCCAGAAUCUGCUCCAGAUCAGCACUGGUCAGGUUUGGCGCCCCUGGUGA